CAACAAUCAUUCUCUCUUCUCUUCUCUUCCUUUACUCAAAUUCCAAACCAUGGCUACAUGCAUCGACACAUGCCGAACCGGAACUACCCAAGACGAUGAUUCCCGGUUCUGUUGCAUCAAGAAUUUCUUCCGACCCGGUUUCUCUGUAAACCGGAAGAUCCACCACACCCAAAUCGAAGAAGACGAUGAUGUCUGGCUCAAGAUCCUUGAAGAAGCCAAAUCCGAUGUUGAACAAGAACCCAUUUUGUCAAACUACUACUACGCUUCGAUCACAUCUCAUCGAUCUUUAGACUGUGCUUUAGCUCACAUCCUCUCCGUAAAGCUCAGCAAUUCAAACCUCCCAAGCAACACACUCUUCGAAUUGUUCAUCAGCGUUUUAGAAGAAAGCCCUGAGAUUAUCGAGUCCACGAAGCAAGAUCUUAUAGCUGUUAAAGAAAGAGACCCAGCUUGUAUAAGCUACGUUCAUUGCUUAUUGGGUUUCAAAGGCUUCCUCGCUUGUCAAGCUCAUCGAAUAGCUCACAAUCUCUGGAAACAGAACAGAAAAAUCGUAGCUUUAUUGAUCCAAAACAGAGUAUCGGAAUCUUUCGCCGUCGAUAUUCAUCCCGGAGCGAAGAUCGGAAAAGGGAUUCUUUUAGAUCAUGCGACGGGGGUGGUGAUCGGAGAGACGGCGGUGGUUGGAGACAAUGUUUCGAUUCUACACGGCGUGACGUUGGGAGGAACAGGGAAACAGAGUGGUGAUCGGCAUCCGAAGAUAGGUGAUGGAGUGUUGAUUGGAGCUGGGACUUGUAUAUUGGGGAAUAUAACAAUUGGUGAGGGAGCUAAGAUUGGAUCAGGGUCGGUGGUGGUUAAGGAUGUACCGCCGCGUACGACGGCGGUUGGAAACCCGGCGAGAUUGAUUGGUGGGAAAGAGAAUCCGAGAAAACAUGAGAAGAUUCCUUGAGAAAGCAGAGUUGUAUUUGUUGAGACAAAUAUUGAUACUCGUCUGGGACUUCUCCUUGACAGUGAUGAUAGUGUAUCUGCUUUCAAAGAAAAAAUCUGCAAGGAACAUGAACAGUGUUUCCCAAGUGUUGGAAGCAUUACUGUCUCUGCUUUGAAGGUUAAAUAUGGUGGUCAAUUAUAUCACGUGGCUGAUUUAUUGAUUUUGAACAAUGUUUUCCAAAGCAUAAGUGACAACCACUCGUUUCUAUUUGUGGAUGUCUUGAGGGUUGAGGAGAAGGGUAUUAUGCUGACUGGAAAAGCUUCUUUUUCAAACCCUAAGCUACUUGAGAUAGAGACCAAUGAUAUGACGGUUAAGGAAGCUCCGGUAACCCAAGCUGGUGAUAAGAAAACUAGAAAGAGGAAACAUAAAACAUCAGAUAGCGCGCAUGCCAACAAUAGUGGUAAGAAACGCUCUCUUGGUGACCAGUCAAGUGGUAAAGGAGAGGUUCCAACUGGAACAAUAGGCAAAGACUUUAAUCAAUCUGCCGAUGUUGAGAACAAAGAUGGUGCUGAUGGAACUUGGGAAUCUGUACCAAACCAGAGAGGAGACAAGCCGGUGACCAAUAUCGUUGUAUUAAUGGCGCCUGCAGUUCCAAACAAGAAGGACAAUGGUGGAAAAGAUGCUGAUGAGGCUACUACAUCUGUGAAGGUUGCUAAGAAAGGAAGGGCAAAGAAAGACAAGCAGGAGAAUGUGGAAAAAGUUGUUUCUUCAAGUAAGAAGUCAAGGAAGAAACAGUCUUCGGAGGAGGAGGCUUAAGUAUUUGUCAUCUGAGAUAUAAAAAAUGCUCUGCUAUGAGCAUCAUUGUUCUCAUUUCUGUCUUUUUGUUUUCUACAUGCCACUGAACAUUGAUGCUUUUCCCAGUUUCAAGUAACUUAUUUCCGGUUUUUUAUUUAACUAUCAUGAGGUUGUUUUUGGUUUCAUUUAGGCUCUCAAUGCUUAGCAACAGUCUUCCGCUCACGGCGAGAAGUAGGAACUCGUAAGUUCUCCGGCAUAAAUUUCUAUGUCAAAC